AUGGAUCGGUAUAAGAUUCUAAGUCAUAUGAGUGCCGGUGCCCAUGGUGUCAUACUAAAAGGCACAUAUGCAAAUGUUCUGGAUAAGUAUACUGGUCUGGGCAAAAGUGGUGAUAUAAUCCUAUUGGAGGACGUGUUUGCGUUGGGGUCGAGUGUAAACCUGGUCUUCCCAUUGCUGCCCAUCAAUAUGACGACAAUCAUUUAUGAGAUGCCGGCGCUCACUGACGACCAGUGCCAGUGCUAUGUCCGGCAACUGCUCGAUGGCGUACAUCACUGUCACACCAAUGGUAUUAUACACCGGGAUCUCAAACCCAGUAACCUAUUGAUCGACUGGAACGGCAUAUUAAAGUUAUGCGACUUCGGUCAGGCCCGGGCACUCGAGCCCAACCUAAGUAGAGCACCGGUAGCUAAUGAUGACGAGUCAAACGAUAGAGACAGCGGACACGUCAGUAAUAAUGGGGAAAGGGAUGAUCAAAACCCGGCACUUUCGCAUCAGGUAUGCACUCGAUGGUACCGGUGUCCUGAACUCCUAUACGGCGCCAACCAUUAUGAUUACGCGGUAGAUAUGUGGAGUGUGGGCUGUAUCAUAGGGGAACUCCUACAGAGAUGGCCACUGUUUAAAGGGGAGUCCGAUAUCGAGCAGUUGUCGCGUGUGGUGCAGGCAUUGGGCGCACCUCCCGAGGAAUGGCAGGANAUUAUGAAUACUGUACAUGUUAGCAGUCAGUCAUCGGCGGUGCAGUCGAUGCACAACAAGUCAUACGAAGUAGUGACACAUCCCGACAGGGCAUCCACAGCACCGGUAGCUAUGUUGCCAUCAAACGUAUGGUUGGGUCGACACGUAUGUGUGAUAAUGAGCGGCGCCUCCCGUGGUUUGGGUCGACAACUGGCCCUAUCAUUGGCCGCACACUUCACAGACUACCACAACCGCCGGUGCGCCGACAGCCCGGCCAACGCCGACACCGACUACAGCCUGUCCUUCGUGUUGAUCUCGCGCGACGCGCCGGCCCUCCAGUGCCUGUCCCACCAGUUGUCCGCCAUCGACGUCCAGCACAUCCAUACGGUGGACAUCAUCUGCGGCUCACUCGACGACCAAAUCACUGUCCAGUCGUUUGAGAGGACCUGCGAGACCAUCGCCAACACCACCGCCGGGCCCACAGACAUCGACAGCACCGGCAGGUACGACCAGUUGAUGAUGAUUCACAACGCCGGCAGUUUGGGUGAUGUCAACCAAUUGACCACAGAUUUGGGCGUUCAUUCGCACCGUCCGAUCACCCAAUACCUCGACCUCAACCUCACGAGUGUUAUGCAAAUGACGGGAAUAUUCUUGAGAGCCUUCGCAGCCGUUCCCUACAAACUGGUGGUUAAUAUCACUUCUUUGGCCGCUUUGCAGCCAUUCAAAGGAUUGUCACUCUAUUGCAUCGGAAAGGCUGGUCGGGACGCCUUUUUCCGGUCGGUUGCCCUGGAGAACGAGUCCGUACGUGUGCUGAGCUAUUCUCCCGGCCCUCUCGAGACAGAUAUGGUGGACAUAUUGCGAAAGGACGGACACUUGGUCUCUGAGUUCCAACGCAUGGAUAUCCUGAAGCCCGAGACGUCUGUCAAUAGAUUCAUAGAAAUACUUGAGACCAAUAAAUACACGUCUGGCGAUCACGUCGACUACUUUCAGCCAAUUCCCGUAUAAAAUGACACAUUUAUUGUAUCGUUAGGUUUAUCACAGCUUUCUUGUAACCAUACGCACAGACUCUGUCCUACGCCAGGGCUGACCACCCAUUCAAUGCACUCUAAUGUUAUAAAUUUUCCAAAUAUUUACCACAAAUAGGAGGUGUUUACAGGGAAUGAAAUGGUGGGGUAACUAAGAUAUUUUAAAUGGUAUUAUUUCAACGCACGGUUUCUAUUACCGGUAAUUAUUACAGUUUUAAUUAUGAAUUAUUUUUGGGGUUUUUCAUCGGUUUAAAAAAAAUCUAAUACCCG